AUGUGCACAAAAUGCACUCUGCUUUUCCGCUACCAACCUCAGAUGCUAGAUAUGCUGUGGCAAUGUCUCAGACAGCCACAGAGAAAGAGUGUGAGGUAACUGCGUGCUAAUGAACUAGAAGAAAAGUACAGGAACUGACAGUUUGAGGUGGGUGAACCAUAUUCACGAACGCUCACGCUGUCACACGCUAAACUACAAUGCAUCAAGCAACAGACUAUGCUCUCCUGGGAGCAUCAGGAGGGACAUCGCCACCUGCACUGCCCAUCAAACAGCACAGGAGCAGGUCUUCUUCAAGCUCCAUCCAGGAUCUAGAGCUGAAGGUGGGCGAUCUACACUUGCCUGGACCACAGACCCCCGUGUCUCCAUUUACUGAAGUGUUUACUCCUACUUACUGUAAUGCAGUCCACUGUCCAAUACAUCAUCGCUAUGAAAAUCACCAGAUGAGAUUCUUCUCAGAUGAAACUCCACCUCCAGUACCUAAAAAGAGUCUGACGAGAACCCUAUCCCUCCCAGAGGAGACUCUGAACCCACCUUACCACGAUCAUACAAGAACCUGCAACUAUGAAAAUCCCCUAUAUAUGAUAACACCAUUCCACGACACACUUACACUACAAGAGGAAGUGGUACAAGAAGAGAAAUAUCAGGGUCUGUCCUUGCACAAGGUGACCUUUGAUACACCAGAUGAGCAACUUCAAAGUGUCUUUAGAAGCUUCCAGAGCCAUGAGCAAGUUUCCAUGGGCAUCCAAGAGUGUUAUCUUCAGUUUCUCAAGAACACGUUGCAGAACAUUGAAUCGAGCAUCUUCCUAAAUGAACAGGAAAUGGAGAUGGCAAAGACUUCUCAGCCUAAUGACUUUAUUUUGUGUGAGCAGCAGUGGACUGAGAGGGAUGGUUUCUACUUGGUGUGUUGUCUAAAGGUUCCUGGGAGACUGUUUUCAGCAAAGGUUCACAGAGGGGAUUCAGUAUUAGACUGCACCAUGUCCAUGCCACAUCCUAACACUGAACAAGGGUUGGUCCAUUUUCCACAGUGCACAGCUACGGAUCAAACUUCCACCUCACAGCAUGCUCAGACAACUCCAGAGCCUUUACAUGGGGACACCUCUGAAGUAUGCCAACAGCAAACAGUUUCUGAUCUUCUGGAGAAAGGUGUUAGUGUGACUGUGGUAAGAGACUUUCCAUUGGGAACACUGGAGGACUUUGUUGAGGAAGGACACUCUUUGCACUCCACCCUUCCUGAGGUCUAUGAGAGGAGGCUUUGUCUUCUUGCCCUCCAGUUGGUGCUAGGACUACAGCAACUGGGACAUUUUAAAGUCAUUCACAGGGAAUUGAAACCACAGAGUGUGACAUUAGUGUGGCCUAGUAUCACUCGCAAAGAGGCUGACUCUAAUGAUUACUCUAGUGAGAUGAAAAGGGGAAGCAUGAAUACAGAAACUUUGACAGGUAUACCACUAAUCACAGUAUCCAAAGAGCACACAGACUACGAAAGGACGAAAAGUGAGAUUUGUCAAACCUUAUGGGAGAAGUGGGGCACACCUCGUUUGGUCCUGAAGAGUCAUUUUGAGGAUGAGGUUUUGCAAGAAGCAAAAUCCCAAGAGUUCCAGUUGGGGACUUUGCUAGGGUACUGCCUACAUCUCAAUGACAGUUGCUCAUCUGUGUGGAAGGUGCCUCAAGGCACUCCAUACACUCCAGGCUUGCUGUGGCUGGUCACCCAGCUUACAUCUGAGAAACCUGGGCUACUAUUAGCCGAUGUGGUGGGUGUCCUCCAGGCCCUGCUUUGGGGUCCUCGACAGGGACUCUUUCAGCAGAACCAAAUGGAGAUCUCUGUGCUUUCUAAUUGGUUACUACUUAAGAGUUCUCUUUUGGUUCUCAAGCUUGCCGAAAAAGGACUCUUUCAGGAUCAGACUGGCUUGGACUGGGAAGACUAUCUCUGUCUGCAAUAUCUAUCCCUUACUGACCCAGAGACUAUGCGUAGCAUAACUGAACGUAUGGGCCUUGAUUUCAUUACAACUGCUUAACAGAUAAAAAUGUAAAUAGUAAUGACAGCAAUUGUGAGUUGGUGAGCCUUGUAAUAUCACUGAUAUGUAAAAGAACAGUUUUAAAAUCCUAAGAACAGAUCACCUUGUCCCAUAUUUGUAAUUCACAUUCAUGAGCUGCUGUAUACUUCAGGAGCCCUGCACAACACACUGAAAAAUCUAGAUA